AUGCGUCAAAGGAACCGUGAAAAUCGAAAGAAACAGACAAUUCCACACGCCGGUGACUCCAAAGACAAUGCUACAAGAAGGGAUGAAAUGACGGCUGAGGCUGGACAAUGGCCUGGCCGAGGAAAAAUGUACCUUGCUACUCAUAACAAUCAAGAUGGAGCAUAUGUUAAUGAAGCGGCAAAAGAAAUAUGUGAAAAAAUUGAGUUAGCUUUGAGCCAAAGCGCAAUAGAUGAGUCUCAAAUUUCGCCAAAUGAUGCCGUUGGUAAGGUGCUAGGGCUAGAGCACUCUGGAAGGGUGAGAUUCUUGGGAUUAGGAGUUGUUCCUAGUAGAGUUUUCAAACAAGAUAGACCUCAUUUUGGUGGUACAAGUGCUUUAAGUAGUGGAGGUUCUUGUUCUUUCCAAUGUAGAGAUAACUUUGCUCAAAUGAUGAAUUCUCACAAUCAAAUAAUGAGUUCUUUGAAGGCAUAUAUGAUAAUGAAAGAAGGAACGAUACUGGAAAAAUUUGUGGGGCUCUUUGAUUCUCCUUCAAUGGUUUCUCCCACAAUGCCAAGUGAUGCGGUUAGUGGACCUAUUUCACCUAUGGAUGUAAGGAGAUCACGCAAUGAUAAUGAUCCUAAUGACAUUCUUUGA